CGAGUGUUGUUCUGUACUUGUUUGGGAUCGUGCACAUAAGGUGUUCGAUAUAAUGUCUAAACCAUUACAGUGCAGAAGAUGUUUGAUUUCUUCUUGUCUGAAUCAGUUUCUGGAGAAGGGUAUGUUUGGAGAAAGUGAAAACUUGGUUUUGUUUCCUGUACAGUGGACGUUUGUUCAGGUGAGACACAAGUCAGGUGGAGGAUUUAGACCAAAGAAGAAAAUAUACCACAGAGUUCAUGAGCUUGAUAAAGCCAUAGACCUGAAGAAGAAACCAGCUCUUAUACUUCAACUCAAAUCCAUGAUUCAAUCCCAGAAACAUGGAAGGGUUCUUCUAAGGGAUCUCGAGAAGCACGUUGGGUUUGUUCAGAAAUGGAACUUAAUGGCUGCCAUUGAGAAGUACCCUUCUAUAUUUCACGUUGGAGGUGGAAACAGAGAGCCUCCUUUUGCUAUGCUUACUGAGAAAGCUCAAAAGAUUGCAGAUGAGGAAGGUGAAGCUAUAGAGUCAAUGGAACCUAUCCUUGUUAACAAUCUCAGGAAGUUGCUGAUGAUGUCCGUUGAUUGUAGAGUGCCUUUGGAGAAGGUUGAGUUUAUUCAGUCUGCAAUGGGUUUGCCUCAUGACUUUAAGAGUAACUUGAUCCCAAAGUAUCCUGAUUUUUUCUCUUUAAAGGUUGUUAAUGGUAAAGUUCAUCUUGUGUUAGAGAAUUGGGACUCUUCACUAGCAAUCACUGCAAGGGAAGAUAAGUUAGCCCGUGAAGGAGUUCUCGAGAACAGAAAGAAGGUUAGGAUCACAAAGGAUGGUAACUUCUUAGGACCAAAUGCGUUUAGGGUCUCGUUUCCUCCUGGUUUUAGGCCUAACGCUAGUUAUCUAGAGGAGUUUGAGAAGUGGCAGAAGAUGGAGUUUCCAUCUCCUUACCUUAACGCAAGAAGAUUUGAUGUUGCUGAUCCUAAAGCUAGGAAACGAGUUGUAGCCCUGCUUCAUGAACUGCUCAGUUUAACAAUGGAGAAGAGAGUGACGUGUGCGCAGCUGGACGCGUUUCACUCUGAGUAUUUGCUUCCAUCAAGACUAAUACUUUGCUUGAUAAAGCAUCAAGGUAUCUUCUACAUUACUAACAAAGGAGCAAGAGGUACAGUUUUUCUCAAAGAAGGUUAUGAUGGUUCUAAUUUGAUUGAGAAGUGUCCUUUGUUAUUGUUCCAAGAGAGAUUUGUUGCUCUCUGUGGUCGGAGAGAAGUGAAUGUAUGUAAUGAAAUGCAGUCUUCAAAUGUUAUCUCCUGAUGCUACUAUUUCAAAUUAUCUUUUUCUUCUUAGAGUCCAUUGUCUUCUCAUAUGAAGAAAGAAGAGUAUACUACUUGUUUAAAGAUAUUAUUGACUUGUCUCCAAGAAACAGAACCGUGA